GAGGGGUGGAAAUAGCAACCAACAAAACACAGCACAACAAUGAGGGAGAACUGAGCGAGGCUUAUUUGCGUUCCCCCCGCGACCCGCUGCUAAAAAGCUCCAUUUGCGCCCUCCUUCAAUCCAUAAACUGCUUUGCCAGGCGCGCGUGCACUACGGAGCCUCCUUAAUUCGGAUUAGUGGCCCCCGCCUGGACGCGUUUUCAAGGCUGCCUGUUUCCCUUUGCGGGCUCCGUAUUCCGAGCACGCAGCCGCGGUUCUUUCAAAUGAAUGCAUGUAUGCACCACCUGGAAGGUGGCGAGGAUGGAACCCGGUGCAUGCGCGCGCGCGCCGGAGAUUCGUGUUAACUGAUUGACGCGGGGUAGAAAGUACGUGUGAUAGUCACGGGUGUCGACGAGCUGCUGCUGCUAGUGGUGCUCGAGGAGAAGAGGGGCGAUCUCAAGGGCUUCUGUCUGAACAGGGGUGCAAGUCGGUUUGUUGGAUCCAUAUCCAAGAGCUGUAUUAGGAGACACCAUGCAGGGAGAUGAGGGUGUCAACGCCAUCUUGUUGGGCAGCGAGGAGCGCGGAAAGAUCUACCCGGGAGAGACCUGCCCCCUCUACGCCAAAAGCUUUGGCGGCCCACCGAGCCAUGAGAGACCCAGCACGGGUGACAAGCGCUACAAGUGCUCCGAGUGCGGAAAGGGCUUCAAGAAGCGGUCGGCCCUCCUGACCCACGACCGGACGCACACCGGGGAGAAGCCCUACGGCUGCGCCCAGUGCGGGAACAGCUUCAGCAACAAGUCCAGCCUGACGCGGCACAAGAGGAAGCACACGGGCGAGAAGCCCUUCAGUUGCCCCAACUGCGGCAAGAGGUUCAGCCAGAGCUCCAGCCUCAUCCGCCACAUGAGGAACCACACGGGGCUCCGGCCUUACCGCUGCUCGGCGUGCGGCAAGAGCUUCAAGCAGAGCUCCAGCCUCCUGGUCCACAGAAGGACGCACACAGGGGAAACCCCCUACAGCUGCUCGGUCUGCGGCAAGCGCUUCUCGCAGAGCUCCAACCUGGUGAAGCACGAGAGGAUCCACACCGGAGAGAAGCCGUACGGUUGCGCCGAGUGCGGCAACACCUUCAGCAACAAGUCCAGCCUCACGAGGCACAAGAGGAACCACACAGGGCAGAAGCCCUACAAGUGCCCUCAGUGCGGGAAGCGCUUCAAGCAGAGCUCGGGCCUGCUCAAGCACGAGCGGGCUCACGCGCGGAAGGGCCUCGCCAAUCUCCCGGAGCCCGGCAAGCGCUUUGACGCCGGCCUGGCGGGCUGCAUGAGAGCCCACGUCGGCGAGGCCUUGUGAAAGCGCCUCACUCUGUUGAGGAAAGGUCGAAAGGCAUGAAGCUUGUUGGUGUUGAAACGGGGUGAAGUCAGGAAUCGGGGGGGCUGCGGCUCGGUUCAGGGCAUGCGCAACUCUGGACCCUGAUGCCUAGCUAGAUACUAGUCAAAAGUCCUCCGUUCUCACAAUCCACACAAGGCUGACAAAAUGGCCGCCAAUGCUGACAGGCUGUGUUUAGUUGGUUGGUUGGUGUGUGUCGUAGGCCCGGCGGCAAGGUUUUCUGAUGUUUAGCUCUCUUUGUACAUAGGAGGGUUCCCUCCUGGGAGGAAACCUUUAAAACGAGGGAACUGCUCCUUACUCAACAGAGACUUUCCCAAUGAGGACCUGGAGAAGGGAAGCAGGAACCUUCUUGCUGGAACCAUCAGGCGAUUCGAACCAGAGAAUCGUCAGCUUCCUGGUCUGAUAAAGGAUUUUGUUAUCUUCUGUGUUCUUAGAGUAGCUUUGUAAAUAAAAGCCACAGAAGUUACCUCAGGACUGGCUGAACCGUUAGGCAACGUGAGGCGGCUGCCUCAGGCAACUAAUUUUGGGUGUCAUGAAAGUGCAGCAAAUGGUUUUAUGUUGUUUUCUUUUUACUCCCAGCUUUUGGUUUUACCCACUGUGACCUGAGAGGCUGCCAUUUGUUCCACCCUAAGCAGCUAAAAUGGCUCAGGCCGGCCCUAAUAUGCCUACUUAAAAGCAAGUAGACUGCAAUUCCGUGCUGGCCAUGGAGGAGGGAAGACCCCCCUCCUCCAUGGUCAACAUAGAAACCUAAGUUAAGGUUAAGGGGUGAUAUGAUAGCCAUGUUCAAAUAUAUAAAAGGAUGUCAUAUAGAAGAGGGUAAAAUGUUGUUUUCUGCUGCUCCAGAGAAGCGGACACGGUGCAAUGGAUUCAAGCUACAAGAAAGAAGAUUCCACCUAAACAUUAGGAAGAACUUUCUGACAGUAAGAGCUGUUCAGCAGUGGAAUUUGCUGCCAAGGAGUGUGGUUGAGUCUCCUUCUUUGGAGGUCUUUAAGCGGAGGGUUGACGGCCAUAUGUCAGGAAUGCUUUGAUGGUGUUUCCUGCUUGGCAGGGGGUUGGACUGGAUGGCCCUUGUGGUCUCUCCCAACUCUAUGAUUAAAAGUAUUCUUAGUUGCCUCGGUUAUAAAUGCUAGCGGACAUCUUUGUUUAAACAUGUAAAGAAUAUUAUUUGGUUAAAAAAUAAGAAGUCCUUCCCCGUUUAUAGCAAAUGGAAGACUUAAAUUAACGCACACUCUGGUAUUUUCUUUCUAUUUGUUUAAACACAUUUAAGGUGGCAAUCCUAUGCACACUUAACUUUCCACCCUGGGGACUUGCUCAUGAGUAAGCAUGCCUCAACUUGGGCCUUUCAAGUCUAUUUCUUAAUCACGGUAUCACACCCUUUUCAAAAUUCUAGUGCUAGCCUUAAUUUUUAAGCCCGGACGUUAAUUUUUCUGAGUAACCUUAUCACUCUGUUGUUGUAUCGGAUGCCUCCGUAGAUAAGAGGCUUUAAUUUGGGUGUGGAUGUUCUGGCUUCAUGUCCUGCCCAUAUAUAGCCUUCCUGUCUUGUCCAAGUUAGCCUCAUUUAAACAAUCUGGAAAAUGGGAAUAGCCCCCCCCCCCGAGCCUACCUCACAGGGUUGUUGUGAGGCUGAACAUAAAUAAAGACUGUACACCCUUCACUCUUACAAGUUUUCUUUAUUUUCCCUCCUCCCCUUAGCAAGCAAUUAUGACAGCAGCCUUUUAGAUAAAUAUUGAGGCAGUAGUUGUAAGCGGAAUAUAUAUGUUUGAUGUUGUGAUUGGCACAAAUGGUAGGAGCAAUCACAGCCAUCAUGCCCCCAUUGCAUAAAGUAGGGAUGAUAAUAAUAAUAAUUUAUUAUUUAUACCCCGCCCAUCUGGCCGGGUUCCCCCAGCCACUCUGGGCGGCUUCCAACAAAACAUUAAAAUACAGAAAUCAAACAUCAAAAGCUUCCCUAAACAGGGCUGCCUUGAGAUGCCUUCUAAAGGUCUGGUAAUUGUUGUUUUCUUUGACCUCUGGUGGGAGGGCAUAGUGGGUGCCACUACCGAGAAGGCCC